CCUUUUUCCUUCCCUCUCUUUCCCUUCUCUCAUCCAGCAUUUUACUUACCAGAACCAUUUUCCUUUCUACACCAAAGUCUCUCCUCAUAACUCCAGUCCAACCCAAAUUUAUUGAACAUCACUCCAACUAGUCCUCAAUUUGUUGUCUCUCUUUGCCACAUUGCUAUCACCCCUUUAAAUUCUCUUUGCUAAUUUUUCUAAUGUAAAUCACAAUUGGUAGCCAUUUUGCCAUUGGUUUCAGACACAUAAUUCAGUUGAUUCUAUUUUUGUCUCACUCUCAUCCUUGAUCUGCAUAAUUUUCCAUCAUGGAAAACCAAUUCUUCUUGAAUGCUGGGGUGUCCCAUCCUAUGCAAUUUGAACCUUCACCACCUCCAAAUUCUUCAAUGCCCACUUGGCAAUCACUCUCCUCAGCCAUGGAAAUUCAAUCAAAUGUCCUCAAUUAUCCCUCAGAACAAACCCAAGAUUUUUUCUACAGUUCCACCUGGGACAAGUCAACGGAUCAUCAUCAUCAACCCCUUCAGUUUGAUUCUGCACUGAGUUCAAUGGUUUCAUCGCCUGCAGAAUCAAAUGAGAAUUUUGUGAUGAGGGAAUUGAUUGGAAAAUUGGGAGCUGUUGGAAACUCUGAUCAUGAGAUCUCACCACAUUCUCACCACAAUUCAUGUUACAGCACCCCUUUGAGUUCUCCUCCAAAGCUCAACCACAUUGCCCCAAUGAUGAUGAACCACUUGGUCAAAGAGAAUUUUCCAAAACCAAUGGCUCUGAAUUCAAGUGUUGCAGAAUUCUCAGCUGAUCCUGGUUUUGCUGAGAGGGCUGCAAAGUUUUCUUGCUUUGGAAGCAGGAGUUUCAAUGAAAGGAGGAGUACCACUAGUCAAUUGGUGGUGAACAACAAUGCUGAAUUGGCACCUCAGAGAUCUGCAACAGUUAUAGAAAAUGGAAGAUUGCAUAGAGUCUCAAGUAGCCCUUCACUCAAGACAUUUGGAUCUCAAUUGCAGGAUCAUGAAAAGAUGGAAGUGGCAAAUUCUCAAGAGGAAUCUACAAUCUCUGAGCAAACCCCAAAUGGGGAAUUAGGUGUGAAAGCUUCUGAUACCAAUCCCAGGAAAAGAAAAGCUUCCUCCAAAGGAAAAGCAAAAGAACCUUCAAACUAUUUCAAUCCUACAAAGGGUGUUGAAGGUAGUGGUGAAGAGACAAAUGCAAAGAGAAGCAAGCAAAAUGAGGGUGAGGGAAAUGAAAAUGACCCUACGAAGGUAGAGGAAGAGUCCAAAGGAGGUGCUAGCAAUUCAGGGGAAGAGAAACAGAACAAGGGUAACACAACAAAACCUCCUGAGCCUCCAAAAGAUUACAUUCAUGUCAGAGCAAGAAGAGGUCAAGCCACUGACAGCCACAGUCUUGCUGAACGUGUACGAAGGGAGAAAAUUAGUGAGAGGAUGAAGCUUCUCCAAGAUCUUGUACCUGGUUGUAAUAAGGUUACUGGGAAGGCACUCAUGCUUGAUGAGAUUAUAAACUAUGUUCAGUCAUUGCAACGCCAAGUAGAGUUCCUUUCUAUGAAAUUGGCAUCAGUUAACACCAGGGUGGAUUUUAGUAUUGAGAGUCUUAUCUCAAAAGAUAUGUUUCAAUCAAAUAGUUCUUUGGCAAACACAACAUUUCCACUAGAUUCCUCAGCACUAGCCUUUUAUGGACACCAGCCUCAGCAAAACUCAGCUAUCCAUAAUAACAACAUUCCUAAUAAAAUUGUGGACCCAUUAGAUUCCUCUUUGUGCCAAAAUCUUGGCUUGCAUUUACCUCCCCUAAAUGGAUCCAAUGAAGGUGCCUCUCAGUUUCCAUUAACAUUCUGUGAGGAUGACCUCAACACCAUUGUUCAGAUGGGGUUUGGCCAAAUUGCAAACAGGAAAACACCAGUACAGACCCAGAAUUUCAACGGUUCAAAUCAAGAGUCACAUAUGAAAAUUGAGCUAUGAUAAUAUCACCUCUCAUUACGCCUGAAUUGAAGCCCAGAGGAAUUGGAAGACUGCUGUACACAACAACAACAAAAAUUAAUUCCAACAAGGCAACAACCCCAUGAAUUAUGAAAAGAUGCCAUUAUUACUAGGUCUAUUCAAUAGAAACCCUUUUUUGUCUUUACUUUUCUCCAUUUUCAGUCUCUAAUCUUCUGGGCAGUUAUUUUUCAAUUUUUUUUGUUACAAUUAUUCACUGUAAAAUUUUAGGACCGGUUCUGUAUUCUGUGGUGCAAAUUAUUAUUAUUAUUAUGCACCAAUUGUAAGAUAUAGUGCUAAUUAAAGGAAGUUUUUUUGUACCAGCUUUCA